CUGGGCGACUGAUAACUUGAUGGUCUCGGAGACGCCGGAUCAGAGAGUAUAUCUCGGCAAGGCUGUCUCUGCACAGUGACCUGAAAGUCUACCGCAAUUCAUUUGGCUAUCCGCACUUCCAGUAACCAGGAUCAAAGGCGUGAACAGGUGCUGACCAUGCCCUUCCGCGAGAAAGCCAAGGCUCUCUUCCGGCCCAAGUCUCGCACCGACUCCUCGCUGUCCAAGACUAGUUCGAACAACUCAUCUCCAUCUCAGGAGCGCUGGCCAAGCAACGUUUAUGCGCCAGGCGAGCCUAUGCCUAGACCGAAAUACCGUAAGCCGCCCACUAAGGAACACAAGGAGAAGCUUGAGGCGUUCUCAUUCGCAGAUGCUUGGAGAAGGAAGAGUUACCAAAGCACCUACAGUCCGGGAGGCACGCGGGCGCCUAGCCGUGUACCGAGCCGCGCGCCCAGUCUGUUCAGUAGGAAGAGUUUUGGCGGGAAGAGUAGCAGGGCGAACAGUGUUGUAAGCAAUGGCGCAGAGGCAGAGAAGGCUGGUACCAGACCAAGAGAAUUCGGCGUAGCCAUGCAGCCGAGACUCAGCACGGAGGAGGAGGCGGAGGGAGACGACGAUGUCGCCAAUGUUGGUCUCUCUCGUGUGCAGUCGCGUGAGCAACCUCCAGCUAAGUCACGACCCCGGACGGCAGAAGAUCGGCGAUUGAGUGUACAGCCAUACAAUAUGGUAACAGCACACGAUCAUGAGUACUUUUCGGAACAGGAUUUGGCGCUGGCAUUACAGCGCUCCCAUCUUGCCGUUCCCACUCAAUCCUGAGCAGAGCUGAAGACCA